AAUAUAAGCAAUGAAUGCAUAUGGGUUGAAAUUAUAAAAAAAAGUAUAAAUCAUUGGGAGUCUUAUAUCAUUAGUAGCAGCCUAUGAUUAUCUAAUUGAUAUUAGAUAUAUAAAUAAAAUUUAUGAUAUCAAAUAAGAAAUCAAUAAACCUGUUUUAGCAAUUUCAAAAAAAGUACAUAAAAUAGAACCAAAAAAGUUAAAAGAUUAGUUGAUAGUAAUGAUGUAUAUAUGUAUUUUGAUUGAAGACAUCCAUUAUCUUAAGAGCAUAUUAUUACAAGAGUUGAAUUAGUUGAACAAGAGAAAUUAAUUCAUGAAGAUAGAAAUUCUUUAUUUGAAAUGUAGCUUCCACAAGGAACAUUUUAUGGAAGAAUAAAUGAAAAAUAAUUGAUGCAAAAUAACUUUGCAAAUAUUCAAUCAUAAUCUUAAAUAAUUGGAAUUCCAUUUUUGUUAAUCUGAAAAUGAUUUAAAAGAAUGAAUUUG